AUGGCCAGGCUGGUUGAGUUGACCUACAACGAUGACAGCGGACCACUCCGAGCCCAAGCUUCACUCUUAACCACAGAUGUCAAAAAAGGGUCGGAAGACAGAACUGAGGUCAUCCGACUCAUCAUUCAAGGAGCCAAAACCGCUGGCCCCGGAGAAGAACAGACAAUACUCCUGAGAGCAUUACCACACAUGCUCUGUCCCGUCUUGGCAGUGAACCAAAGACUCUUGGAAGCCGAGAGAUACGGCAAGAUGGAGGAAGACUGCGACAACUCCCUCUUUGGCUUCACUGAACCCGGCAGCAGACACCAACGCAGCACGUGCCUUGGAAAAAAUUUGGGAAGCCUGCAGCUUUGUGGGCGUCUUGGGCCACUCCUUCCGGGUCGGAGGAGCCUCAAUCCAGUGUGCCAUGGGAAUGCCCGUUGA